CUGGAGGCCAAGGAGCCGCCCGGCACGCCGCCGCGCCGCGCCAAGGCCAAGCGGCAGGAGGGCAUCUCGCGCUUCUACGUCAUCCAGGUGGUGUUCCGCAACGCGCUGGAGAUCGGCUUCCUGGCCGGCCAGUACUUCUUGUACGGCUUCAACGUGCCCGCCAUCUUCGAGUGCGACCGCUACCCCUGCGUCAAGGAGGUGGAGUGCUACGUGUCGCGGCCCACCGAGAAAACCGUCUUCCUGGUCUUCAUGUUCGCCGUCAGCGGGAUCUGCGUGCUGCUCAACCUGGCCGAGCUCAACCACCUGGGCUGGCGCAAGGUGAAGGCGGCCGUGCGCGGCGUGCAGGCGCGGCGCAAAUCCUUGGUGGAGGUGCGCAAGAAGGACGGCGCCGCGUUGACCCCCGCGCCCACCCUGGGCCGCACGCAGUCCAGUGAGUCGGCCUACGUUUAAACGGGGGCGGUGCUGGGGUGGCCGGGAGGAGGAGGGAGGGGAGGGG